CUUUUGAACUCGGUUACCCAUAGCCGGGCAUUAAUUUUUUUAUUUUUCAUAAAAAUGCUCUACUGAUAAAACAUGCAUAUUUCUCACACAAAAUGCAUCAUUCCAUAUUAUUUUAACCAGUAAUCAUGGGUUACAGUUUUAUUUUAUGAAAUAAGAUAGUUUCCAAACACAGCCAGCAUAUUUUACACCAAUGGGAGAUCACUUUACAUGUUAAAUGUACACAGCGGAAUACCAUAUACUUUUUCAACCAAUCAGUGAUCUCGUUAGUUGGUUCUUUCUGACCUAAUACCACUCUGGUAUAAAGAAAUUCACCAUGAUGUUUCAGUUAGGCUUUUCGGCAUGUUCUGUAGCUGUCUGUAAUUGAUGAACAUGCAACUAUCCCGAAUGAAAGGAGUACUUGUAAAUUUUUUUAUUAGUGACAGUAUUAGUGUACAACCCGGACCAUGGGACAACCCAACCAAACAAUCCGGACCAUACUCAGGACAACCCGGACCAUGUGGACCAUGUCUCUAAGUUUUUUACCACUAAUUUUAACCCAAUAUAUGUUUCUUUAUGUUUCAAAAUAACUAGUACAAUCGAAGACUAAUAUUAAUGAUGAUCAUUUUUAAUAAACCUUAGUUCUAGGUCAAUGUUAUGGACGACCAGGACCAUACUAUGGAUGGCCCGAGAUAAUUAGGAUUCGUAAUUUACUGAGGAGAUGGAUGAUGUGCUUUAAUAUCGCAAUUAAACAUAACAUCAGUGAUUGUAAUAAAUUAUGACUAAAGACACGUUUGUCGCAUCUUUAAAACACGUGAAAAGGCCAACAUAAUUGGAUUUUAGCAAUCAAAUAUGGUUAAUAAAGACACAGUUAAAAAAAAAUACAAUAAAAGGAUUUCAAACCUUGAUUAAAAAUACAUAUUGAAUGAUGGUCUGGGUCUUUCACGAUAUAGUCUAGAUCCUGCAUAACGUUUAAAGUUUAUUGACAAUAAAUACUGUUCAUCUAUGACACUACUAGAAAUUCUGAGACAUCAAAAUAACAUAUAUUUCGAAGUAAAUAGUGGUCUAGAACUUCCCAGAAACAUGGUCUGGGUUGUCCCAUGGUCAGCGUUGUCCCUGAUUGGCUAAAUCAGGGUAUACCAUUGAGCCCUACCUAUUUGUACACAUUUCAUUAGGAUUGUGUGGCACAUUAUGAUGACCACAUUUCUACAUUUACCUUAUUUCAGAACAGACGUUAGCAAUUAAAUAUAUACAAAAUAAUAUAACAACUUCUAUAAAUCAUUAAAUGGGUCCCCAUGACAGUUAUGCCAAUUAGUUUCCAUGUAUGCAUGAAAGUCUUACCGACAGGGCACUAGACAACUUUUGGGGACAGGUACCCAUACCCUCAGAAAGGGGAAUUUUUUGUUGUUUUAAGACAAAAAGGGGAAUUUUAGUCAUUUAUAUAAUUAUAUUACUACUUUUCACACUUAUUAAUACUGUUUUUCAAUCAUUUCUAUCAAAUGUACACUAAGUCUUAUUAAUACUGUUUUCAAUUAUUUAUAACAAAUGUAACUAUAUUGCAGCAGUAACCUGCAGGAAAAAAAAAACUAUUUUAUGAGGGGAAUGCGGCCCAUAUUCGGCCCCAAAAACGGCCAAACGAGUGCCCUGACCGAUAACUAAUCUUAUCCACAAUGUGACAUCACGGUCUAGGCCUAGUGACUACUGACAGUUAUAGGUCAUUGGUGUGUGUGCAAAUUUAAUUUGUGAUGAAGGGGGUCUCCUUUCGCCGCAAUCCAUAUUUUUCCUGAAAACAUUUUGGACAACAAAACGAAAAAAUUAGACUGCCAUUGUUUUUGAUAGCUCUAAUCCCCAGUGAAGACUUACAGUUUUAUCUGAAUGCCCUUUAAAAUAAACUUUUCAAAGUUUAGUAACUGUUUUUUCCACAAAAAUAAAGAUUUUCAGGCCGGAAGUUUGGGGAGGCCAAUGUAUUUAUGUUGCUCCAGCAGUAUGCAAAAAAAACAUAACAAAAUGGAGGCUGGAAGUAAAUUGUCAUGGAGAAGUGUAAUGACAGCAGGUUGUCUACCUCUUGUAUUUAAGCAUGCUGUGGAUGAGUGGCCAGCACAGCAGUGGACACCAGAAUAUUUGUGCCAAGUUUUAGGAGACAAACUUUUAGAUUCCAAAAUAUCACUUAUACAGCAUGAAGAUUUUCAGUGGGAGCCAGACUGUUUACAUCUGAAGGUCACAAUGAGACAGUAUACAGACUGGCUACAGGGUGACACUGACAGGGACAAUCCACUUAGAUUGAUUGAUAAAACAAAAUUCUCCUGUUACAUUGAUUACAAAUACAUGAAGGACAUGUUUGAAGAGCAACCACAAGUUCUGAAGUCAGUUUUCUGGGAUAUAUUUGGCUUGGAUGAACGGGGCGGAGAUCACAGUACAAUAUGGAUAGGGAGCUGUGGGACGUACACUCCAUGUCAUCAAGAUACAUAUGGCUUUAAUUUGGUAGCUCAGAUACAAGGCAGGAAGCGCUGGUAUUUGUUUAAUCCUGACCAGACUGACUGCAUGUAUCCCACAAGAAUACCUUAUGAAGAAUCCAGUAUUUACAGUGAGGUGAAUGUUAGAUACCCAGACCUUGAUAAGCAUCCAUUGUUUCAGAAAACCACACCAUACAUCAUUGAACUGGUUCCUGGUGAUGUGCUGUAUGUACCAAGACAUUGGUGGCAUUUUGUUGAAAGCUUGGAGCCAUCUAUGAGCAUCAAUACAUGGGUACCAAUGGUAGAAGAUGCUCAGUCCCAUUUAGAGGAGUCAGUCUCUAGAUUGUUGUACACAUGUUUAUCUACAACCUUGCUGACUGAGACAGAACAAAACAGUUACCUGAAUACAGGAGAGAAACUGGUUAAUGCUGAAGUAAAUUUACAGUACGUUCAGAGAGCUGUUCAGGCUUUGCAAAACAGUCAACUUGCUGAGGAAAGUCGUAACAGGGAUUUGAACACAAGGCAAACAUUUUCUGCUGAUGUGAAGCAAGGUCAGUUUGAUGGACAAAAGCAAACUGUAGAGCACUCCUGUAACAACUUGGAGAAACUUUCCAACAAAUUUCAAGAUUAUCUUGUCACAGUGGCUUGUCUUUGUGGUGUUAAUAUAGAUCAUACAGAGGGAUACUAUGGAAAUAGUGUAGGAAAAAGAAAGGUUACUCAUGAUAAUGAAAAUGAAAGUAUCAAAGAAUGUGUUGCUGACAUACCAUCUGAAAAGAAGAAUAAACGAAGAAAAAUUGAAUCAGAUGCAACGCUGAAUGUUGAACAUGGGAUGAUAACUACAGAUGAAGCAUCAUUAUCAGGUGUAAUGGUUGAUUCAAAUACAGCUGCUUCUAAGUAUGCUGUUUUAAUGAAUGAUGACUGUAAAACAAAUAAGUCUGUGAUUGAAAUAUUUGCAGCAAAACCAUUUAUGUUUAAUGAGUAUCUAAGAUUUCUUGAAAUAGUGUUUGAUUAUGAAUUGAAAGACAGAGAGAAUUAUUGUAUUGAUAGUAACUUUGAUAAGCAAUUUAAGUUGUUUAAGUCAUCAUUGAUGAAAGAGUCAUCAACAGUAUCAUCAUCAUUAUCAACACUGUCACCAUUAGUACCUGUAUCAACUGAAGAUCCAUUACAUUCAGCAGUUACAUCAUUGGACUCAUUAACAUCAACAAAAUCAUCAUCAGAAGCAGCAUUGACUUCACAAACAUCAACAUCUUUGAAACAAUCACAGUUUUCAGUAACGUCAUCAUUUUCAUCAAUGUCGUCGUCAUCUUUAUCACCCUCAGGAACAAUCUCAUUCAUACCAGAUAUAUCCUCAUCAGAAACAACAUUAAUUAAAGCAUUCACUACCGAUGCUGAUAACACUAAUGAAUCAUUAGACAGAAACGCUGAAGUAAAUUAUUCUGAUAAUGAUGAAAGAGUUGUUAAAAUGAAACCAAAUUCUGAAAAAGAUGAACAUAGAUUUAUUUCAGAUAUAAAUGAUCAAAAUACUCCUAAAACGCUAGAGGUUUCUGAUGAUGAACUGAUGAAUGCUGACGCACCUGCAAUAAGUAAUGCUGAUGUUAUUAAUAGCAUACUUGACCCUAAUGUUAUUAGACACAUUGGGUAUAUUUUAUUGAAUAAAAUAAAAAAAUAAAUAGAAAUAGUGUUU